GGAGCUGCGUCUGAGCAGGAAGCUGCAUCUUCACUGGCCGGCCGGGAGGAGACCUGCGGUCGCGCCGAGAGUCCGACGGACCUUCCCCAGGGGCGCGUCUGCCGUACACCGCCUCGCCCCGCCGGGCGCUUCGCAUCAGGUUUCCCAGCCGCAGACUUACCUAAGGGGUCCUGAAUUCCCAGGGCUUCCAGAGGAUGCUCGGGCCACCAGCGGAGACCUUGGGGUAGUGGUGAGGGUACACACAGCCCCCCACUCAGCGCUUCUCCUCCUGUACCAGGGGCUCCCCCAGGGGGAUGAGCAGGGUGACUCUCCUGGCCUGGGACAUCUGAGAAGAUGCUUGCUAUGAGGCUGCUCACUUGCUUCCUGCAGCUCCUGGCUGGGCUGGCGCUGCCUGCUGUGCCCUCCCAGCAAUCGGCCUUGCCUGCCAGGGACAACUCGUCAGAGACGGGAGUGGUGCCCUUCCAGGAAGUGUGGGGCCGCAGCUACUGCCGGUCGAUGGAGAAGCUGGUGAACAUUGUGUCGCUGUACCCCAACGAAGUGCAGUACAUGUUCAACCCGUCCUGCGUUGCCCUGCUGCGCUGCACCGGCUGCUGCGGUGACGAGUCCCUGCACUGCGUGCCGGUGGAGACGGCCAAUAUCACCAUGCAGAUCCUGAAGAUCGGCUCUAAGAAGCAGUCCUUUUACGUGGAGAUGACAUUCUCCCAGCACAAGCGCUGCGAGUGCAGGCCUGUGUGGGACCUGAUAAAGCCAGAAAGGUGCGGCAAUACUACUCCUCUGAGGUAACCAGCCCUUCGGAGGAGAGAGACCCCACACCCGGCUCCUGUAUUUAUUAUCAUCACACUCUCAGUUACCUCCCUGCUGGCACCUGCCCUCUAUUUAUUAGCCAAUUGUAUCCCUGCUGAAUGACUCGCUCCCUCUAAGAUGAGGGACAGGACCCUCAGGAAUUCAGUGCCUUAAACAGAACGUGAGAGAAAGAAGGCAGCCAUGGAUUGCGUAUGUGCCAGCUUGGGAAGAAGCGAGACAUGCGGCUUUGUCAGGGGCAAGUCGGGGCCCAGAGGCCCCGGGGGUCUCCAAGGGGCUGGAGAGAGGAGAGAAGAGGGGGAACCCACUGCCUGUCCCUGGGCCUGGGGCUCUGCACGGACCAGAAGCCCUUGCUUUGGAAGCUCCUGGCGAGGACAGGGGUGGGGGGGGAUUGCUCCAGCAGCUGCAGCCAUGGCCCGGCUGAGUGGGAGGCAGGCAGGGGUGGAGGCAUCCUGUGGCUUCCUCUUCCUGGCCAGGGUUCUGCACCCUGAAGAGCAGACCGUGCAGCUCUGGAGAACAGUGGGCACCUGGGGCCUUUGUCACUCCCAGUCCCCUGUGGUUUCUCCUCAUAUUUGGACACUGCUUGUUCUUUGUGGCCAAGGAAGGCUUCCCACUUUGCCCCUGUCAAGGACACAGGCGAAGAGUGGGCCCCAGGCUGGACAUGGAGCGAGCUGCCCUGCAUGGCUGCCUGACCGCCAAGCCAGAUUCUCUUGAAUAAACUUAUUCUAGUCUGGAAUCAGCUUCUCCAGGGGAGUGUGUCUGCCGGAACAGUGGGCAACAGCAGAAAGUGGAAGCGGGACAGAAGGUGGGAUCGUGGGCCCCAAGCCUGCCCCCGGAGUGGCUCCAGCCUCUCCUGCAGCGUCCUGGGGUGUCUUCCUCCCGGCCACUUUA